AUGGCGAACCCUGAACCGCAUGUCGACCAACACUCUCCUUCCCCAUAUAUGUCGACACCCGAGCCAACUCACCAAGGAACGGGGACAGAUAGCACCGAUCACCAGAUUGAGACUAUCGUCUCAAAAUCGAUACACACAACAACGAUGUCAUCCAAACCAAACUCGGAACAACAGAUCGAUCCUAGCCUGGAUGCGAUCAUGGAGGAUGUCUCGGCUAGCGGCACUCCGUCGCUCAGUCACGAUGAAAGGUCCCGAUCUAUGGAUAUCCAGCUACCAGAUCGGCCGGUCGAUGAUUCGUUCAUCGACCGCCGAGAUGAAAGUGGGAGUGAGGCGCAAAGCUCGCCUGGGCAGGGGUUCGCCUAUGAAGAACCCCAGAACCUUGAACAGCUGGCAACUGCGGCACAUGAAAGUGCCAUGGCUUCCACUUCUGUGCCGCAGUCCAAAGGACAGGUCUGUUCAAACUGUGGUACGACGAGAACUCCCUUGUGGAGACGGGCACCUAAUGGGCUGACCAUAUGUAAUGCAUGUGGCCUAUACCUAAAGGCCAGAAACGCGGCUCGUCCAAGCACUCUUAAACGCCCGCCCAACUCCGUCUCGAUCGGAGGAGAGGGGCCAAUCCCCAUACCAGCUGGCCAGGCCCAGGCCAACACACAUGCUGGCGCGCACUACGUUGCGGACAGCCACCUAACCGCUGGUACUUGUCCAGGUGGCGGAAAGUGUAAUGGGACUGGUGGCCAGGACGGGUGCGACGGGUGUCCGGCCUUUAAUAAUCGAGUUUCGAAGGCUGCCAAGUUUGUCGUCGCUGCCAAUGGGGCGAACGCUUUCGCCGUAGAUGGGCCACAAGGCCAAGGUCAGCCUGCCAAUGGUAGCUUUGGUGCCAGCAGUGUUGGCAACCAAAACGGCGAUGUUCAAAGCGUUCCGAGACCGGCGAGUGGACCCCAGCUAGCUGAACCAAGGAUCGAUGCGGUGGGCCAGACGACGACAGCGGUCCCCGCUUGCCAGAAUUGCGGUACGACGAUUACACCGCUUUGGAGGAGAGACGAGUCUGGGCAUACCAUAUGUAAUGCGUGCGGUCUCUAUCAUAAGUUGCAUGGAGUCCACCGUCCGGAGACAAUGAAGAAGAGUGUGAUAAAGAGGCGGAAGCGUGUUGUUCCCCCAAGUCAUUUUCCCCCUCCGCCGAUACCGCGGCAUCCUCUGGCUCGACCGGACUAUCCAAGUCCACAACGGCAAAUUCUUCCAAACGAAUAUCACCACUCUCCUCAUUCCUCCCCACAGCCAUCAAACUAUCCUUCGCACCGCGACGACGACGCCAGAAUGUCUGAUACCGAGGAUCCCUCUAGACCCAACUAUAGAGCUGCAAUGAUGGGUCCUGAUCCGAGCUUGGUGAAUUCAGGACGAUACGCGCCUCAGGAUUUUACGAACUAUAGAAGCGUGGGCACAACACUGGCCCCAAUGACAAAUAGUCAGGCUCCAGACGAUCUAAGGCUUUCCCCAUUGCAAUCGACUACAUCCCCUAGCGUAGGACGUAAAAGAUCACUGAGCAGCGGUUCCCAUGUAUCUGGGGAGCCUGCAGAUAUUUCUACCACCCGCUUGCAGAGCAUCAGUUCCAUUCUCAACCAACCCGCCACCCCAAUGGAAUCCCAAGUGCUCCAGAUGUCUACUGAUCCAGCUGUCAAACGCCAACAGCUCCUAACUCGCAAGCGACUUGCCGAGUCUGAGAUGCAAAGAAUCACAGAAGAAAGCGAAAGGAUCGAAAAGGAACGUGCCGAGAUAGAGAAGCUUCUCCAGCGUUGCCAAGAUGAACUAGAACGACUUGACAGCUCGGAUCAUCCACCAGCGCCAAUCGAACCGAACCCUGACGAUGGUUCGCAAACUUCGAAUCCUCAAUACUCAACACCCCCAGAAAUCUUGGCCCACGCUAGCCGCGAGACAAAGCGAAGACUCACUGGCCUUCGGGAAACGCGCCUUGAGCGCAUCAACGCCCAAGAUAACGAAUACGCAGAGCCAUCUCGCCGCAAAGCCUCUGGUUCUCUCUCUCAGUCUCCGACCAAUGAUGCCUCGGGAAAUCCUCCGAACUCUCCGCCACGCAAAAUUAUCAGUCCACGCUCUAGUCGUUCUUCUAUUAAGUCCAAUAGUGCCAGGAUCCACCGUUCUCACUCCAGAUCAUCAGCCAUCACCAUAAAUGUGGGUGGAACUUUCGAAGCAAUUGACAUUGCUCCUGACCCAGAAUCUGCCAACUAUCAUGACGCUCCUCCGGCGAGCAAUUUUGCUUCGCCCUUCAGAACACCCUCCCGUCUCAGCUCAGCAACACCAGAACAACAUCUUACUCCAUCCCCCCACAACCCUCUCGCACAGCCACAGGAUCCUGACACGACAUUUGAUACCAUUGUCUCCUCCAUAUUUUCUGGAGUAGAGGAACGGGAAGUCCCGUUGCCGUUGGUUCAAACUCCUCUAACUCCUGCCGACCUCACAAGGCGCAUUCUCGUCCCGACGAAUUCUGAAGCCCAAGCUUGGGAUUACUCAAACAUCAAUCUGACCCUGAUACAGCGUGAAGCGGUUUGUGACACGAUUGAUGCAUACAAAGCGCUGUCUGAUGCUGUUGAAGCCAGUAUCCCCGCUGCUAAGCAAAUCCAGGAAGUCUUGUUCGACCGGGCAGCUGGCACUCCAGAUACACGUCGAUCAGAGAAUGCCAUUUCUUCGUUCCAGCGCGUUUCGAAGAAAUUGGUAGAAAGUUGCACCCUAUUGAGGGAGAAGGAAAAGGCUUUAAUUAAGCUCAGAGGAUAUCGUCUCCAUGGCUUUGACUUUGCCUGGAGGGUGAAUGAAGAUUCCCCAGCUGCCUCGAAGCCGGGUAUAAUUACGGCAAAGUCAUACCCAACCUUCAAGCGUGUUGAUAUCACUGAACUCCCUUGGCUUACAUCAACAUCUAAUGCCUUCCGGAGAGACUUCAUUCGUUGA